UUGAAUUUGAAAUUACGUAAUUACAAAUAUUUUCAAUACUAUGGAUGAUGCAGUCUAGAGAACUUAUUUUAUUGAAUCCAACAAUAGCCGUACAAGUCCCUGCAAGUAACUUCCGAAAAAAGGGACUAAUCAUAUUUUCAAUAGUUCUGUAAGUCUGUGGAAUAGACGUAAAUGCGCAUAUUGCGUUGGUUGUAGGUCGUGUUAAUGUAUUGUCUCCUGUUCUAUAGCACACCAUAAUAUAAUCAAUAAUCAUAAUUUGUAGUCAAAUAAUAGUAAUUUAAUUACAAAUUAUCUAUAUAAAUAACAUUUGAAAUAAUAACAGUGUACAAAUAGUUCAGAAAUUAUAAACCUCCCCACUGUAAUAGAUCAUACUAUAUCGCUAACAUUAAAUAUAAUCAGUGUUCGAUUUUUAGAGAGUCCAUUUAUUUGUAUACGAUCGAUAUCAUUCAGUAGUAUUUAGAUUAUUGAACCUCAAACUCCGAACAUGGACGAACGAGUAGACUUAAACAUACCUCGUUGGAAUCAAGCCCACUACUCGGGCCGUGUCAGGUACUUUUUCGCUACUACUAAUCCAUUGAAUAUUUUGAAAUCAAACUUUGAAUUAAUGAAAUGUAAACAGAUCGUUACUGACUAUAAUAAUGGUGGAAAUAUACCAGAUGGGUUAACAAUAGAUGAUAUCUACAAGGCCAAAAUUGUGGUUGAUUCAGCAUUCCACCCGGAUACAGGAGAAAAAAUGAAUAUUUUUGGAAGAAUGUCUGCCCAAGUACCAAUGAAUAUGCUGAUUACUUAUGGUAUGGUCUCUUUUUACAAAAGCACAAUUGCUUUAAUUUUCUGGCAGUGGUUCAAUCAAUCGUAUAAUGCUCUAGUCAACUAUACUAAUCGAAGUGGAAACAUACCCAUAUCCUUCGAUCAGAUAUUGAAAUCAUAUAUUUUAACUACUAGUGCUGCUUUAAUUACAGCUGUGGGUUUAAAUAGAUUAAUUAUGAAUUUACCACCUAUUUGUGAACGUUUUGUGCCAUUUGUAGCUGCUGUUGUAGCGCAUUGUAUUAACAUACCUCUAAUGCGAAUAAAAGAACUGCAAAAUGGAAUCGCCGUGUACGAUGAGAAUAAAAAAUUUCUUGGUAAUUCCAAGAUUGCGUCUCGUCGAGGUAUUUUAGCUGUAUUAAUCAGUCGUAUUACGGUGUCUUCUAUGGGAAUUUUGUUAACGCCAAUUUUAAUGGAAAUAAUCGGAAAAAGUGGGAUAACAGCAAAUAUGGAAUGGCUACAAGAGCUUAUCGAAAUGUUAUUGUGUGGUAUCAUUUAUGCACUUGCGAUUCCAAUUAGUUGUGCAAUUUAUCCACAGAUAUCACCUAUAUCAAUAGACAAGCUUGAACCUGAAUUACAAGAUGAUUUAUAUAUUUCAGAAAAUGGCCGAAAAUUUUCAUUUGAGUAUUGGAUAUUACAACAAAGGUCUCUAAUUACUGUUUCACAGAUAUACAAAUGUAUUAAAAUAAAAUGAUUAUUAUUGUUAAGUUGUACUAAAACAUAUACCAUAUUUUGUUCAUGUAUCUAUAACAUGUAUAUUGUUUAAUAUAAAAUUACAUAAUAUAUUAAUUGUUUUUACAUCGGCUUAAUGGGGG